GGGCGGGGCGUGGACGGGGGCUGGCGGGUCAAGAUGGCGCUGGCGGCAGGGCUUCGCUUGGCGCGCGUGCUGCUCCGCCCGAACGCAGGGCUUCGCGGCGCGGCCCCCGGGGGGCUAGGCGCCCGGUGCUUCGGGAGCCCGCGGGUACUGGUGGAGCCCGGGCCGGCCGCAGGGGUCGCUGUCGUGAAGCUGAAGAGCCCCCCGGUGAACUGCCUCAGCCUAGAGCUGCUGACGGAGCUCAUCAUCAGCCUGGAGAAGCUGGAAAACGACAAGACCUUCCGAGGCAUCGUCUUGACUUCGGACUGCCCUGGGAUCUUCUCGGCGGGCCUGGACCUGAUGGAGAUGUGCGGAAGGAACCCAGCGCACUACGUCGAGUACUGGAAGGCUGUGCAGGAGCUGUGGCUGCGGCUCUACCUGUCCAAACUGGUGCUGAUCGCUGCCAUCAAUGGAGCCUGCCCGGCAGGAGGCUGCUUGAUAGCCCUCUCCUGCGACUACCGGGUCCUGGCUGACAACCCCAAGUACCGCACCGGGCUGAACGAGGUUCUGCUGGGCAUCAUCGCCCCCUUCUGGUUCAAAGACACCCUGGUGAACACCAUCGGGCAGCGUGCCGCGGAGCGCGCCCUGCAGCUGGGGUUGCUAUUCUCACCAGCAGAGGCGCUCCAGGUGGGCAUAGUGGACCAGGUGGUGCCCGAGGACCAGGUGCAGAGCACAGCGCUCUCAGUGUUGGCCCAGUGGAUGGCCGUUCCAGACCACGCUCGACAGCUGAGCAAGAACAUGAUGCGAAAAGCCACGGUGGACCGCCUGGUGAAGCAGCGCGAUGCAGACAUCCAGAACUUCGUCAGCUUCCUCUCCAGAGACUCCGUCCAGAAGUCCCUGCAGGCGUACUUAGAAAAGCUCAAAGGAAAGAAGGCCUAAGGUUGAGCUGCCCACCCAGGGUCUCAGCCAUGCGCACCCUCUGGGGGCUCACUGGUUCCAAGGGACUUUCAGGUAUUUUCUGACUUAAAAGUUACUUUUAACUCUC